UUUGAUCAAAACGGUUGGCAGAACCCUCAACAUCAGGUCAACGAGUGCAACGAAAUGUACCCUCACCACCUAGCGCUCUCCAAUAUAUACGGUUCGGUGUUGGAAAGCCCGUUUCCAACUCCCUCCAAUCUUGUCACAAUGGAGACGAUGCAGACAACAUUGUCUGUAUCCACCCCUUCCUACCCUCUAAUCUCCCUCGGCGAAUCUUCGGGUUUCAACUUUGCCUUCAAUCCUAGGAGACCGCAAAAUUUCAUGCCCUACGAACCCUACUAUCUUCAAAAAACGCGUGCCAACGCUUCUCAGCAGACCACGCGUCUACCUUCGUCCAGUCCAAUUGGCAAUCAGAAACCCCCC